GUUUCAACGCUCCCAAGCUCCACGUAGCUGAUAUUUUUUGUAAACUCGCGGAUUUUACACGUCCAAUGUACCAUGUUGGAUGUUUAGUCUAUUAUUAUUAGUUGUUUAAGUGAAAAGUGCACUUAGAGGAACGCGUACAAGUACCAACACGAAGCCACGCAGCCAUGAAUAUACCAGAACAAAGUCGUUUUGCGAUCUAUGCCUUGGGCAUCUUUUUCUCUUACUUUCUGUAUGGAAUUGUUCAGGAGAAGCUAACGCGCGGCCGUUAUGGGGAUCAGGUGCAACCCGAUGGCAAUGUGGGCGAACGUUUCACCUAUACGCUGGCGCUUGUCUGGGUUCAAUGCAUCUGCAAUUACCUUUUCGCUAAAGGGAUGCUAACAGUGAAGCCACAGAAGGAGGAUACCACCCAUACGGGCUACUAUGCGGCCAGCUCACUCACCUACCUCCUGGCCAUGGUCUCAACGAACAUGGCUCUGCGUUGGGUGCCCUAUCCAACAGCUGUGGUGGGCAAAUCAGCCAAACCCAUUCCCGUGAUGAUACUGGGCGUGCUCAUUGGACGCAAAUCGUAUAGUUGGACGCGAUAUGCCUGUGUCUUAACGAUUGUGCUGGGUGUCAUACUGUUCAUGUUCAAGGAGAGCAAAGUGUCCAAUUUGCCCGCUGAGACAACGGGACUGGGUGAACUGCUCCUCUUCUUGAGCUUAUCCAUGGAUGGCUUGACCGGUGCUGUGCAGGAACGGAUGCGUGCCUCGAGUGCGCCAUCUGGUCAACAAAUGAUGUUGUCGAUGAACUACUGGAGCACAUUGAUGCUGGGAGGUGCCAUGAUUGUGACAGGCGAAGGCAUGGCGUUUAUACAAUUUGCGCUUCGGCAUUCGGAAGUUUGGCUGCAUCUAUCCAUGAUUGCACUGUGCGGCGCGUUGGGUCAGCUGUUCAUCUUCCUAAUGGUUGCGAAUUUUGGUCCUUUGGCCUGCUCUGUCGUCACCACAACACGCAAGUUCUUCACAGUGCUUUGCUCUGUGCUGUUGUUUGGCAACGUGUUAAUUGCUCGUCAAUGGUUCGGCGCCUUCUUAGUUUUUGCAGCACUCUUCGUUGAUAUGUUAUAUGGUAAAAAUUCAGCGACUACGAACAAAAAACCACCCGGCGAGGGAAAACUAAAAGAUGAACAAAAGAAACUGACUUCCUAGAAUUUAAUACAAGUGUAGCUUUUUGUGUGUUGCGUCACACAAUACAAAAUGUAAAUGCAAGACAAAUUCGUAUGUAGCUUAAUUUAAUUUGUGCUGUAAACCGUACAAACGCUAACUUUUUUGUAUUUAAGAGAAACAUUGCAUUCGAUUUUUAUCUUAAAACUAUAUAAAUUAAAGCAUUAGAAUUAGAGUAGACCACAAUAAAUUGGUAUCACUAUUUUGAA